AUGGAAGGGACACCAUGUGUCAAGCUGAGGAUCAACUUACAACCUAGCCACUCACUGGUAUUCGAUCUAUCAGGCACGAAUCCUUUCGAUCUGUUACUCGAAGUGGACAGGUUUCGAGGGGACGGCGGUGGUUGGCGAUCUAUAACACUACUGUUGAACGGAUCACUGCUGGAUGUUCCUCAUGCUUUGACCAAUGGAUUAUUGGAAUUGAUCGACCUGGAUGCAGACUGCAAAUUUGUCUUCAAAUCUAAGGAUGAAGGCAUUGCUAGGCCUACUCUGUCAACGCAGCCCAGUGAUUCUUUCGAUAUUGUCUACCUAGAUGAGGAUAGCCUUGUCACCUUAAGGCCCGAAGAUGACAAUCUUACUACAUCCGCGCCGUCAGCGCAGCCAAAGAAUCGGGUUUUGACCUUGCUGACCAGGGAAUCUGGCGGAAGAAGGAAAGCGCAGAAGAUUAUUCCACUGCGUAUCUCGGAAACCAUCAAACACUUGCUCAAGCCAGGCUGCAGGUAUCGCCUUCAGACCACCAGCAUCGAUUUAGGCGUGACAUGGUGGCGAUAUGGCUCUCAGGGAGAGCUGGCUAUCAAAGAUGUGCCCAUGGAACUACUUCCUCCAUCGGAGCCAGCAACCAUGGUGGCGACUCAAGUCUGCCACCGGGAUUUCUCCGUCGUGGAAUCACUACCCGUACCGCCAUCCGUGUACAUCUCCCUUGCCCUCUCUCCUCCUGUCGUCUACAGGUCAGGCGACCCAACACCCACCUUGGAAAUCUCAAUCACGAACACAGCAGAUCAGCCAGUGACAAUGAUCUCUUUUGGAUCCCAACCCCACAUAUCACCUACUCACACUCAGUCAAACAACCAUGCACGUGUCAUCAGCACCGGUGCCAAGAUCUCGCUUGAGAACUUUUCCAUUACUCACAUGACCUGUGGAAAGGAGAUGGUACAGGAAAGCUAUACAUGUGUUUUGCAGGUUGGCUGGCAGCGCCGGCAAUUUACGACACUGGAGCCAGGUGUCCCGCUAGUGCAAGAGAUUGACUUCUUGAAGAAUGCGAUUGCAAUUCGAGCGGGAAUGGACGCUGGCGAGUAUAAACUAAGGCUACGGGCGAGGGACGUAUGGUGGCACUGGGGCACGAAGGAGGAGAUCCUUGAAGGCAAGCCAGGAACAAAGAGGUUGCCUGGUGGUCCAAAGCCGCCGUUGAUUCUGGCAUCCGAUGAUGAAGUGAUUUUUCGGUUAAAGGAGCACACGUGA